AUGGACUGGGUUUCGAUCCUGAAAUACCCUCUGUCGCUCGUUCUUAGCUUGAUAAUCCAAUUACUGUCCUACUUCUUGUCAACCCUUCUCUUCCUCGCAUCCCCAGUGAUCUACAUCGGACAUGUCGUCUUAUACCUAGCACUACUCCCAUUGCGUAUGCUCGUGAUAUUAGAGGCAUUCAUCUAUUUCAUGACCGGGGCUGUGCUUGUCGGUGCCACCAUAGGGAUGAUCUUACAUUUCACCGGUAGCACCAUAUCGCAAUUUCUGCAAAUCGAAGAGUCAGAUGAGCCACGGCGGCCUCGAGUGAAACGGGAGCUUCUAGAUUUCGAACCCCAGCAUCCACCCUUCGACUAUCUAGAAGCGCAGACGGAGGAUCGCAAGUUCCUACCCUACUCAACGAUCUUGGAGGAGGAAGAGAACAGCCAUGAGUCAGGGUGA